CUCACGCACUACACACCACCAGGAAAGGAGACAAACAAAGGCUCACAGUGAGAGAAAGCGACAGCAAAAGUGUUUUAGAGAGAGAAAGUGAAGGAAUCAAGGCGUAUAAUUAAGCUGCUCUCAUGCCAUUUUUACAUUUCAUGAGUUUUUGAACGAAAGAAGGAAAAAAUUGCAUCAUAAACUGCUGUGGUUUUCCGAUCUGUGUGUUUGUAGCCUAAGAUUGGCGGUUUUAGGGUUUAAUCUGAGCUGGUUAUUUUUGUACUGAAAAUGAGACUUAAUCAGUUAUCAUUGCCUUGAAUACGCUUGUAAUGAGGAAAAAUUUGAUGAUUUUGGUAGUUUGAUUUCUUCGAGAUUUGUGUUUUACAAGACUUUGUGUUACGUGCGGAGUUUGUUCUGGUUAUAAUCAUGGAGAAUCGAGGGUCAACUUUUCUCUCGUCUGAAGACCUGCUGUAUAAGGAGCUAUGGAAGGCAUGUACGGGCCCACUAGUGGAUGUUCCAAGAGAUGGAGAGAGAGUUUUCUACUUUCCUCAAGGCCACAUGGAACAAUUGGAGGCAUCAACAAAUCAGGAACUUAACCAAAGAAUUCCUCUCUUCAAUCUCAAAUCAAAGAUCCUUUGUCGCGUUGUUCAUACUCAAUUACUGGCCGAACAAGAAACAGAUGAAGUUUAUGCACAGAUCACUCUACUUCCAGAACAAAAUCAAAGUGAUAGCGAUCCUACAAGUCCUGAUGAAUCCCCUGAAGAGCCUCAAAGACCAAAUGUUCACUCUUUCUGUAAAGUCUUGACAGCUUCAGAUACAAGUACUCAUGGUGGAUUUUCAGUGCUUCGAAAGCAUGCAAAUGAAUGCCUACCUCCCUUGGACAUGACUCAACCAACACCAACACAAGAGUUAGUAGCCAAGGAUCUUCAUGGCACAGAGUGGCGAUUUAAACAUAUCUUUAGAGGUCAACCACGAAGGCAUUUGCUAACAACAGGAUGGAGUACUUUUGUAACUUGUAAAAGAUUAGUGGCUGGGGAUUCCUUUGUUUUCCUUAGGGGCGAAAAUGGUGAAUUACGGGUAGGUGUGAGACGAUUUACACGCCAACAAAGUUCAAUGCCCUCUUCAGUAAUUUCAAGCCAAAGCAUGCACCUUGGAGUACUUGCAACUGCAUCACAUGCUGUUUCAACACAAACCCGUUUUGUUGUUUACUAUAAACCAAGUACAAGUCAGUUCAUCAUAGGCUUGAACAAGUAUAUGGAAGCUAUAAACAACAAGUUUAAUGUUGGGAUGCGAUUUAAGAUGCCAUUUGAGGGUGAGGAUUCUCCUGAAAGAAGGUUUACAGGGACAAUAGUUGGAGUUGAAGAUAUAUCUCCCCAGUGGGAGCUUUCUAAAUGGCGUUCAUUGAAGGUUGAAUGGGAUGAAGCUGCAUCUAUUACUAGACCUGAAAGGGUUUCUCCAUGGGAGAUCGAACCAAUUUCAACUCCUCCUCCUCCUUCUAUCCCCCCCACAACUUCACUCCAACCACCAAAAAGUAAAAGGCCUAGGCCUCCUGAAGGGCAGAUGAGUAAUUUCACGCCUCCUCAAAUGGACACAGGGUGGCUAUCAUCUGUCCAAUCGCAUCAAGAAACCAUGAAAAACACUAAUAAUAAUGAUUCAGUUGAGUUGAAGAAACCAGAAAGUAUCUCGAGUUGUAGAAUAUUUGGUUUCGAUUUAAUGAUCCCUAUUAUACCCGAGACACAACCACAACCACCACCAGCGUCAAAUGUCUAUUAUACCCUUGCCCCAAGUCCAUUGUCUGUUGGAACUUCUGAUCUCACAAAGGAGUUGCAAGUAUCACCAAAAGAAGUCCAAAGCAAACAAACCACGUGUACUCGUUCGCGAACUAAGGUUCAAAUGCAAGGCAUGGCAGUGGGUCGGGCAGUGGACUUAACUGUAUUAAAUGGGUAUGAUGAGCUUAUAAAUGAACUGGAAGAGAUGUUUGAGAUUAAAGGACAAUUAUACCCUCGUAACCAAUGGGAGAUUGUCUUCACUGAUGAUGAAGGAGACAUGAUGCUCAUGGGCGACGAUCCAUGGCAGGAAUUCUGUGGCAUGGUGAAACGGAUAUUAGUAUGUUCAAGUCAAGAUGUGAAGAAAAUGAGAGUGGGGAGUAAGCUUCCGAUUUCUUAUACAGACAAUGAAGUUUCAGGAGUUAGUUUGGAAGCUGCAGAAAACUGAAAAAAGGUUCAAAGUUGGUUCCCCUUUUAGCUACUUCCACUCUUUUUAUCGCCUUUUUUUUUUGGUUGUGUCUGAGAUUUAUAAUUAGGGUGUGGCUAAUUUGGUGUUAGUUUCUAAGAUCUUGUCUGCUUGAAUCUGUGUAUAUAAUUAGAGUGUGAUUUAAUUUAUUGUGAUUGUAAAUAUGCUGAAUUGUUUUUCUAUGGACAAUGUAGUUUAAUGGUAUUAUUGAUUUUAGGUUUGCUUGUUCAAGCAAAUUUUAUAAAUAUCAGCAUACUGGGUU